UUGUUGAUCCGAUUUUCGUAGCAGAAACCCUACUGCACUGUCGAUUCUACUGCGAUCGCGCGUUGGAUUUCGGCGAGGUUCGACCACCAUUGGGAUCUCCGCGGCUGCUCUCCCCGCCCCGUUCUUGGUUUUGGCGAUGCGAAAUUCGAGAUGAAGUUCAAGCGGAGAAGGGUUUUGGAAGUGCCUCCAAAUAUAAAAUCCUUUAUUAGCAGUGUCACUACUGCUGCUCUUGAGAAUAUAGAAAUACCACUGAGGGACUUUAUCUGGGAGUUUGAUAAGGGAGAUUUCCAUCACUGGAUCGAUCUUUUUAAUCAUUUUGACUCAUUUUUUGAGAAAUUCAUAAAGCCAAGGAAGGAUUUACAACUUGAAGAUAAUUUUCUGGAAGGGGAUCCUCCAUUCCCUAGGGAAGCAGUCCUUCAAAUUCUUCGAGUCACAAGGAUUAUUUUGGAAAAUUGCACAAACAAGCACUUCUACAGUUCAUUUGAACAGCAUCUGUCAUCUCUUCUAGCUUCAAGCGAUGCAGAUGUUGUGGAGGCAAGCCUUCAUACAUUGACUGCAUUUUUGAAGAAAACAGUUGGGAAGUGCUCCAUAAGAGAUGCUUCUUUGACUUCAAAGCUAUUUGCAUUUUCACAAGGUUGGGGGGGCAAGGAAGAAGGCCUUGGACUUAUUGCUUGCUCUGUACAAAAUGGUUGUGAUUCAGUUGCUUCUGAGAUUGGCUCCACACUUCAUUUUGAGUUCUAUGCUGUCCCUGAUACAUCAAAAGAGUCCAAUAUUGCAGAACAUGAGAACCAGGGAUUGCAUGUCAUUCAUAUGCCAAAAAUCAAUUGUUACAAUGAGACUGAUCUGGAACUUCUUCAUAAGUUAGUAAAGGAGUACAGUAUACCACCCAGUUUGCGUUUCUCACUAUUGACGAGGUUGCGAUUUGCAAGGGCUUUUGACUCUUUGGCUGCUCGACAUCAAUACAUCUGUAUCCAGUUAUAUGCUUUCAUCGUUCUUGUUCAAGCAAGCAAUGAUGCUGAUGAUAUGGCAGCUUUUUUUAACAAUGAACCUGAAUUUAUCAAUGAACUGUUAUCUUUACUGAGCUAUGAAGAUGAAAUUCCGGAGAAAAUUCGGAUCCUCGGAAUUCUGUCAUUGGUUGCUCUUUGUCAAGACAGAUCUCAACAAUCGACAGUUUUAUCUUCUGUGACAGCUGGUGGCCAUCGUGGAAUCCUUGCCAGUCUCAUGCAGAAAGCAGUCGAUUCUAUUACUAGUGGUUCCACAAAAUGGUCUAUUGAUUUUGCUGAAGCACUUCUCUCUCUUGUCUCCAUUUUGGUUUCAUCUACUCCUGGUUCUUUAGCUCUUCAGGAAGCAGGAUUUAUACCUACUAUUUUACCACUUAUUAAAGAUACCAAUCCUCAACACCUCCGCCUUGUUAGUACUGCAGUUCAUGUGAUUGAGGGCUUCUUAGACUUUCAUAAUCCCUCUUCAGCACUAUUCAGAGAUUUAGGUGGUCUAGAUGAUACUAUUGCACGUCUGAAGAUUGAAGUAUCGCAUGUUGAGAAGUGCUCAAAAAAGAAUGCAGAAGAGCCUCAGUAUAAUGGCAAGGGCAAACAAGUCAUGGGCAGUUCAACUGAGCUAGAUAUGCAACCUCUUUAUUCUGAAGCCUUGGUUUCAUAUCACCGAAGAUUAUUAAUGAAAGCAUUACUCCGGACCAUAUCACUUGCAACUUAUGUCCCUGGUAGUUCUGCUCGUGUUGAUGGCGCAGAAGAGAGUGUAUUGCCACCAUGCUUGUGCAUUGUUUUCAGGAGGGCAAAAGACUUUGGUGGCGGAGUGUUUUCACUUGCAGCAAAUGUUAUGAGUGAUCUUAUACAUAAAGAUCCUACAUGUUUUCCUGCCCUUGAUGCAGCUGAUUUGCCUCGGGCUUUUCUUGAUGCCAUCACGAGUGGUGUUCUGUGCUCUGCUGAAGCAGUAAUGUGUAUCCCACAGUGCUUGGAUGCAUUGUGUCUUAACAACAGUGGUCUUCAACUGGUGAAGGAUUGCAAUGCUCUAAUGUGUUUUGUAAAAAUUUUCACUUCGAGGUCAUAUUUAAGGGCUCUCAGUGGAGAAACACCAGGAAACUUGUCCAAUGGAUUGGAUGAACUAAUGCGUCAUGCAUCCUCCCUGCGUGCUUCUGGAGUUGAUAUGCUUAUUGAGAUUUUGAAUACAAUAUCAAAAAUUGGAGCUGGGUUAGAUUCUUGUUCUUCAACAGAGUUAAUGAGCUCAUCUGCUCCUGUUCCUAUGGAAACUGAACCUAUUUCACUUGCUGAAGGAGAAGCAUCUAACAUGGGAAAUUCUGAACAAAUGCAUGAGGUAUCUUCAGAUAAUGCAUCUAUGACCGUAGAGUCAUUUCUUCCCGAGUGUAUAAGCAAUGCUGCUCGUCUUCUUGAAACUGUUCUUCAGAAUGCAGAUACAUGCCGUGUAUUCAUUGACAAAAAGGGUAUUGAAGCUGUUCUUAGAUUAUUUACUCUGCAGUUAUUGCCCAUUUCUGUGUCAGUUGGUCAGAGUAUAUCUAUUGCAUUUAAAAACUUUUCACCCCAGCAUUCUUCGGUUUUGUGUAAGGCUGUUUGCUGCUUUAUACGGGACCAUCUUAAGUUGACAAAUGAAUUAUUGUCAUCAGUUUGUGGAACUAAGGUUGCUGAUAUUGACUGCUUAAAACAAACUGAAGUUCUGAAAUGUCUGUCUAGUUUAGAGGGGUUGUUGUCACUUUGCAAUUUUCUUUUGAAGGGAACAACUACUAUGGUCUCAGAGUUGGGAUCUGCAGAUGCUGAUAUUUUGAAGGAACUGGGCAGGGCUUACAAGGAAAUUAUGUGGCAGAUCUCUUUAUGUUGUGAUUCCAAGAUAGAUGAGAAGCGGGAUGCUGAUCAAGAAGCCGGAACUGGGGAAUCUUCUGCAUCUAAUGUAGCAGGAAGGGAGAGUGAUGAUGAUGGAAAUAUUGUUCCAGUAGUCCGAUAUAUGAACCCUAUAUCAAUAAGGAAUACAUCUUCACCACAUUGGACUGUAGAACAGGAUUUUGUGUCUGUAGUACGUUCUGCUGGAAGUAUGCAUCGUCAUGGUCGACAUUCAUUGUCACGGAUACGUGGUGGCAGGAUUAGCCGGCAGAUGGAUGUCUCACAUGCAUAUUCAGAAAGUUCCCUUAGCACAUUGGAGAGUUCCAUGAUUCGGGAUACUAAAAAGAGAAGUCCAGAUAUCCUUGUUUCAGAACUUCUGACUAAACUUGGUUUAGCUAUGCGUUCCUUCCUUGCUACUCUUGUGAAGGGAUUGUCUGCUCGUCGUAGCAGAGGUGAUUCCAAUUCCCUGCAUCCUGCAUCAAAGAGCUUUGUGACUGCUCUUGCGAAACUUUUCCUUGAUGCCCUUAGUUAUUCUGGUCAUUCUAUGUCUGGCCUUGAAAUGUCACUAUCUGUGAAAUGCCGGUAUCUUGGAAAGGUUGUAGAAGACAUGGCUGCAAGUAUUUUUGACAGCAGACGCCAGACAUGCAAUACUGCAUUGGUGAAUAGUUUUUACGUCAAUGGAACAUUUAAGGAGCUUUUAACUACAUAUGAGGCUACAAGUCAGUUACUGUGGACUCUGCCUUUCUCUAUCCCAACUACUGGGUCUGAUCAAGGACCAUCUGUUGAUGAAAGGAAGGCAUCUCACAGUUUGUGGCUGUUGGAUACAUUGCAAAGCUAUAGUCGUCUGCUGGAAUAUCAUGCCAAUUCUUCAUUACUUUUAUCUCCAACAUUGCCAUCUCAGUCUCAGCUUCUUGUUCAACCUGUUGCGGCUGGAUUAUCAAUUAAUCUUUUCUCUGUUCCAAGGGACCCUGAGGCAUUUGUUCGUAUGUUGCAAUCACAAGUUCUUGAUGUGAUCCUUCCUGUAUGGAAUCACCCUAUGUUUCCUAAAUGUAAUCCAGCUUUUGUCACCUCUGUGAUUUCCAUUAUUACUCAUAUAUACUCUGGCGUUGGAGAUCUGAAGCGUGGUCGCAAUGGAAUCACAGGAAGCACUGGCCAGCGGCUCAAUAGUCCUCCACUUGAUGAAUCUACUGUUGCCACUAUAGUCGAGAUGGGUUUUACCAGAGCUCGAGCUGAGGAAGCUCUCAGAAGUGUGGGGACUAAUAGUGUUGAGAUGGCCACGGAUUGGUUGUUCAGCCAUCCUGAGGAAUUUGUGCAGGAGGAUGUUCAGCUUGCCCAAGCACUUGCUUUGUCAUUGGGAAAUUCAUCAGAAACAUCCAAAGGGGACAGCAGUGAUAAGACUAGAAAUGCAUUUGCUGAGGAGAGGGGGGUGGAGACACCCCCAGUUGAUGAUAUUCUUAGUGCAUCAAUGAAGUUGUUUCAAAGUAGUGAUUCGAUGGCAUUUCCAUUGACAGAUCUGUUAGUGACACUGUGCAACCGAAACAAAGGGGAGGACCGCCAGAGGGUGACCUUGUAUCUCAUUCAGCAGCUUAAGCUUUGCCCAUCGGAUUUUUCAAAGAAUAUUGGUGCACUAUGUCCAAUCUCACAUGUUUUGGCCUUGCUUCUUAGUGAAGACAGUGGCACAAGGGAAAUUGCUGCAGACAAUGGUGUUGUUUCUGUUGUACUAGAUAUACUGACUAACUUCAGAGUGAGGAAUGAGUCCAGGAAUGAGCCUUCAGCGACAAGAACUGUAAGUGCUUUGUUGCUUAUAAUUGAUAACAUGUCGCAACUGAGACCUAAAUUUAAUACAGAAUCUGCUGAAGGUUCUUCUAGAUCCUUAUCAGAUUCAUCUGGAGCAGACAUUUCCAUAGCAAAUCCUUCAUCUACCACUGAGGAAAAAUCUGUGUCACAUGGCCUUGAUAAGGAAUCUGGCAAUGUGUUUGAGAAGAUUUUAGGGAAGUCAACCGGUUAUCUGUCUCUUGAGGAAAGUCAAAGGGCAUUGGCCAUCUCAUGUGAACUUAUAAAGCAGCAUGUUCCAGCAGUAGCUAUGCAGGCUGUUCUACAAUUAUGUGCACGCUUAACAAAAACACAUGCUAUAGCAACACAGUUCCUUGAAACUGGAGGUUUAGCUGCUCUUUUUAGUCUUCCAAGAACUUGUAUAUUCCCUGGAUUUGACAGCUUAGCAUCAGCUAUUAUUCGACACCUCAUUGAAGAUCCUCAAACUCUCCAAACUGCUAUGGAAUUGGAGAUCAGACAGACCCUUGCUGGCACUCUUAGCCGACAUGCUGGCCGUCUUUCACCUCGCAUAUUUUUGACAUCUAUGGCACCUGUCAUUUCCAGAGAUCCUGAGAUCUUUAUGAGAGCUGCGGCUGCAGUUUGCCAGUUGGAGUCAUUGGGAGGGAGGACAAACAUCAGGGAAAAAGAAAAGGAUAAGGACAAACUAAAAAAUACUGGCACUGAAAGUGGGAUUCCUUGUAACGAGCCUGUUAGGUUGCCUGAGAAUAGGCCUAAUGAUACCCCAGGCAAAUUUUCUAGAAGCCAUAAAAGAGUUCCUGCUAAUCUUUCCCAAGUGAUUGAUCAACUCUUGGAAAUUGUUAUGAGCUUUCCAUCAGCAAAGAAAAUUGAAGGUGGUAUUAGCUCCCCAACUCCUAUGGAAGUUGAUGAACCUGCCACAAAGGAAAAGGGUAAAUCAAAAGUUGAUGAGACAAAAAAGAUGGAUGAUGAGAACCUCUCUGAAAGAUCCGCAUGGCUGGCGAAGUUGACGUUUGUCCUGAAGUUGAUGAGUGACAUACUUCUCAUGUAUGUGCAUGCAGUGAGUGUAAUCUUGAGGCGGGAUAUGGAGACAUGCCAUCUACGGGGAUCUGGGCUAGCAGGUGGCCCUGGAAAUGGUGGCAUAGUGCAUCAUAUUUUGCAUCAGCUACUUCCGUUGUCUUCUGAUAAAGCUGCUGAAACCUCAGAUGAAUGGAAGGAUAAGUUGUCUGAGAAAGCAUCUUGGUUCUUGGUAGUGUUAUGCGGCAGAUCUACUGAGGGGCGCAGACGAGUUAUUUCUGAAAUUGUGAAAACAUUUUCUUCCUUUUUAAAUUCAGAAGGCAACUCCUCGAAAAGCAGUUUGUUACCUGACAAAAAGGUUUUAGCUUUUGCUGACCUGGUAAAUUCCAUUUUGUCCAGAAAUUCUUCAUCCAGUAACUUGCCUGGUCCUGGAUGCUCACCCGAUAUUGCUAAAGCCAUGAUAGAUGGAGGAAUGGUGCAGGCACUUUCUGGCAUUCUUCAAGUGAUAGAUUUGGACCACCCAGAUGCUCCAAAGGUUGUGAAUCUCAUACUCAAGGCUUUAGAAAGUCUUACAAGGGCUGCGAAUACUAGUGAUCAAGUGCUUAAGUUGGAUGGGCUUGGAAAGAAAAGAUCAUCUGCAACACAUGGUAGAACUGAUGGCCAGACUACUGCUGAAGUCGAAACUGCAAACCAUGAUCAAAAUGCAAACAAUCAGCAUGAAGCUAAUGUUGCAGCACAACCUGCAGAACAGCAGAUUCAUGAAUCUUCUCAAAAUGAGAGGGAUUGCGGCACAAAUGCAGUGCAGUCUAUGGAGCAAGACAUGCGAGUUGAUGGUGAGGAAAAUAUUGCCACUGAUGCACCUGUGGAACAAGAGUUGGAGUAUAUGCGUGAGGAGAUCAAUGAUGGUGGUGCUUUAAGAAACACAAAUGAAAUUGGAAUGGCUUUUCGUGUUGAACAUCAGAUGGAUGAUGAUAUGGGCAAUGAAGAUGAGGAGGACGUAGGGGAGGAUGGUGAAGAUGAUGAUGAAGAUGAGGAGGAUGAGGAUGAGGAUAUAGCAGAAGAAGGAGCUGCAUUAAUGUCUUUAGCUGAUACAGAUGCGGAGGACCAUGAUGACAAUGGUAUGGGUGAUGAAUAUAAUGAUGACAUGUUUGAUGAUGAAGAUGAUGAUUUCCCUGAGAAUCGUGUUAUAGAGGUGAGGUGGAGGGACGGUUUAUCUGGGUUAGAUCACUUGCGAGUUUUAAGGGGACCUGGUGAUGCAAGCGGUUUCAUUGAUAUUGCUGCAGAGACCUUUCAGGGAGUUGAUGCUGAUGACAUAUACCGCCUUCAUCGUCCAUUGGGUAUAGAACGCCGCCGUCCAAGUAGUGGCAGGACAUUUCUUGAUCGGUCAAGGCUUGAUGGGAGUGCUUUCCAACAUCCAUUACUUGUGAGACCUUCACAAUCAGGGGAGUCCGUUUCUUCAAUGUGGUCUGCUAGUGGGAACUCAUCUAGGGACUUAGAAGCUUUAUCGUUUGGAGGUUUUGAUGUAGCCCAUUUCUACAUGUUAGAUGCUGGACUUCCAUCUGGACAUGCUGCUGCAACUAUGUUUGGUGACCGUUUGGUUAGCGCUGCACCCCCUCUAAUUGACUUCUCACUUGGCAUCGAUUCUCUGAAUAUUGGUGGAAGAAGGGGAGCUGGUGAUAGUCGGUGGACUGAUGAUGGUCUACCUCAGGCAGGUAGCCAUGCUGCUGCUAUUGCCCAGGCAGUUGAGGAACAAUUUGUGUCUCAGCUGCGUGGGUUAAUCUCUGUCAAUGACCCUCCAGCUCAGAGACAGUCUGAGCAUUCUUUUUUACAGGCUAACCAACAAUCACCUCUAUUAAAUGCCAAUAAUGAUGCACCAGUUGCUGGUGAUCUUCCCACUCAACCAAGUGAAGGUCCGCAUCAAGAUCUAGAGACUAGUUCAAGGCAUCAGCCGGGGAACUUACUUGUUGAAGUUGGCACAGGUCUUCCAAACCUGUCUCAUGGAAUAAUUGAUGCACGGUCAGUUGUUGGGGCAGAGGAGAGUCAAGGGACACCAGAAAUAAGGCAAAGAUUUCCUGAUGAUCUGAAUGUUGCACAUAAUUAUAGUGAGACCAUGCAUGAUGGGGAAGGACAUGUGGAAGAAUUUGGCCCAACCACCAUAACUUUAGAUGCGAUUCCUGAAAGAAAUAUAUCAUCUGCCGACUUACAGACUCUUGAUCACCCAAUGCAAGAUGGUUCCGAAGCACCCACCAAUCCUCACAAUUUAGAAUUUCACAGUGAAAUUAGAGAGGGACCCUCAGUUCUGGAUAGCCAUUCUAGCAGUCAUGCCCUUAUUUCUUCAGGUUCUGGCAUGCCAGAGUUGAGUGAUGCUCAUGCCGGUUCAGUUCUUGCAAGUGCUGAUGUUGAUAUGAAUGGUGCAGACACUGUGGAGGAUCAAUUUGAGAGCCCCAUACCUGCUUCUUCUAAUGGCGAUGAAUUAUCUGCCAGGCAAAAUGCAACAGUUCCUCAAGAUACUAAUCAGGCCGAUCAAGUCGAUGCCAACAAUGAGGCUUCUAGCACAAAUGCAAUUGAUCCAACAUUUCUGGAGGCACUUCCUGAGGAUCUCCGUGCUGAAGUGCUGGCUUCCCAGCAAGUUUCCCAGCCUCAAUCUGCCCAACCUGCAACAUAUGUUCCACCACCUGCAGAAGAAAUAGAUCCUGAGUUUUUGGCUGCUCUUCCACCAGACAUCCAGGCUGAAGUUUUGGCUCAACAACGAGCACAAAGAAGUAUACAUUCUCAGCAAGCGGAGGGACAACCAGUUGACAUGGAUAAUGCAUCCAUUAUAGCUACUUUCCCUCCCGAUCUACGUGAAGAGGUACUCCUUACCUCAUCUGAAGCAGUUUUGUCAGCACUACCUUCAGCUUUACUUGCUGAGGCCCAGAUGCUUAGAGACAGAUACCAUCCUCGAAGCAGCCUCUUUGGAGGGAGCCACAGGCUUGGUGGCAGGAGGCUGGCAAUUGACAGGCACACAGCAAUGGAUAGAGGUGUGGGAGUUACGAUAGGUCGAAGGAGUGUGUCUGCCACUGCAAACAGCUUGAAGGUCAAAGAAAUUGAGGGAAUGCCUCUUUUGGAUGCAAAUGCUUUGAAAGCUCUGAUUCACCUCCUACGAUUAGCUCAGCCCCUGGGCAAAGGUCUUCUUCAAAGACUUCUAUUGAACCUAUGCGCACAUAGUGUUACACGUCGUAUUUUGGUUGGCCUUUUAGUUGAUAUGAUUAGACCUGAGGCUGAUGGGCCUAGUGGGUCAGCAAGCAUGAUUUCACAGCGGCUUUAUGGAUGUCAGUGGAAUGUCGUCUAUGGCCGACCUAAACCUUCAGAUGGUCUUCCACCUCUCGUGUCUCGUCGAGUUCUUGAAAUUUUGACAUACCUGGCAACAAAUCAUUCAUCAGUUGCAAACAUUCUUUUCUACAUUGAUAAUCCUUUGGCCUCAGAAUCCUCAAAUGUUACCCAGUCAGAAAACAAGAGGGAGAAAGGUAAAGAGAAAAUCUCUGGGGCAAUGACAUCAUCAAGUGUCAUGGAAACAUCACCUAAAGGUUCUAUGCCUCUAGUUAUAUUUUUGAAGCUUUUGAACAGGCCAUUAUUUUUGCGAAGCAAUGCACAUCUUGAACAGGUUAUGUCUUUGCUUCAAGUAGUCAUUAAGAAUGCUGUCUCAAAGAUUGACUGCCUACCUCCCUCUGGAGAAGCUGCAGAUGGUUCUGAGAAUCAAGACACUCAAAAAUAUUCUUCCACUUCAGAACAGAACUCUGGUCCGGAGAUGAAUCAAGGUCCUUGCACUGAGGUGCUGUCAUCAGGUGGGAAAAACUCUGUGAGCCAAUACGAACUUCUUUUACAGCUUCCCAACUCUGAUCUGCACAACCUCUGCAGUAUUCUCGCUUAUGAAGGACUUUCAGAUAAAGUGUAUUCACUUGCUGCUGAAAUAGUAAAAAAAAUGGCUUCUGUUGCUCCUUCCCAUCGAAAAUUCUUUGCAACUGAGCUAGCAGGUUUGGCUCAUAAUUUGAGUUCUGCUGCUGUGUCUGAGCUCGUAAGUUUGAGGAAUACACAGAUGCUGGGACUUAGUGCUGGUUCAAUGGCUGGAGCUGCAAUCCUGCGUGUGCUACAAGCACUCAGUGCACUUACUUCAGUUGAUGAGAACAAGGGUGAAGAUGCUAAUGAGGAACAUGAGGAACAAUCUAUAUUGUGGAAUCUAAAUGUAGCUCUUGAGCCACUAUGGCAAGAACUGAGUGACUGCAUUAGCACUACUGAGGCAAAGCUAGGGCAGAGUUCAACUUUCUCUUCUCCUGUGCCAUCACCAGAUGGUGGCGAUAUUGGUGCUUCGUCCUCCCUUUCUCCACCUCUUCCUCCUGGCACACAGCGACUAUUGCCAUUUAUAGAAGCCUUUUUUGUUCUGUGCGAGAAGCUGCAGAGAAACCAAACAAUUGUGCUGCCAGAUAACGAUGUGACUGCACGAGAGGUCAAAGAAUUUACUGGUACCUCAUCGUCGCCUUCUCUUAAGUGCAGUGGUACUGGCACCAUGACAUUUGCAAGGGUUGCAGAGAAGCAUCGGCGCCUUCUUAAUGUUUUUAUAAGGCAGAAUCCAAGUUUGCUGGAAAAGUCACUGUCUAUGAUGUUAAAAGUACCAAGGCUGAUUGAUUUUGACAACAAGAGAGCAUAUUUCCGGUCACGGAUUAGACAACAACAUGACCAGCACCCUUCUGCUCCUCUGCGGAUAAGUGUCCGCCGGGCAUAUGUCUUGGAGGAUUCAUACAAUCAGUUGCGAUUGCGUCCCAGUCAAGACUUGAAGGGUCGGUUGACUGUACAAUUUCAAGGUGAAGAAGGGAUUGAUGCCGGUGGGCUGACAAGGGAAUGGUACCAACUGCUCUCAAGGGUCAUUUUUGAUAAAGGAGCCUUGCUUUUCACUACAGUCGGGAAUAAUGCAACAUUCCAGCCUAAUCCUAAUUCUGUCUACCAAACGGAGCAUCUUUCCUAUUUCAAGUUUGUGGGCCGUGUGGUUGCAAAAGCACUGUUUGAUGGGCAACUUUUGGAUGUUUACUUCACUCGCUCAUUUUACAAGCACAUGCUUGGGGUGAAAGUGACUUAUCAUGACAUAGAAGCUGUUGAUCCUGAUUAUUACAAGAACUUGAAGUGGAUGCUUGAGAAUGAUGUAAGUGAUAUCCCUGAUCUGACAUUUAGCAUGGAUGCUGAUGAGGAAAAGCACAUCCUUUAUGAGAAAAAUGAGGUUACUGACUAUGAGCUUAUACCCGGAGGAAGGAAUAUUAGAGUUACAGAAGAAACAAAGCAUGAGUAUGUGGACCUUGUGGCUGAACACAUAUUGACUACAGCUAUUCGUCCCCAGAUUAAUUCCUUUUUAGAAGGUUUCAAUGAAUUAGUUCCACGGGAACUUAUCUCAAUAUUCAACGACAAGGAGCUUGAGCUUCUAAUUAGUGGACUUCCAGAAAUUGAUCUCGAUGAUUUGAAAGCCAACACAGAGUAUACUGGCUAUACAGCUGCAUCUUCUGUUAUUCAAUGGUUCUGGGAGGUCGUUAAAUCAUUCAACAAGGAGGACAUGGCAAGACUGCUGCAAUUUGUAACCGGAACAUCGAAGGUUCCCUUAGAGGGCUUUAAAGCAUUGCAGGGUAUUUCUGGCCCUCAACGGUUGCAGAUCCAUAAGGCAUAUGGUGCUCCUGAGAGGCUACCGUCUGCCCAUACAUGUUUCAACCAGCUGGACCUCCCAGAGUAUUCGUCCAAGGAGCAGUUAGAAGAACGCUUGCUGCUUGCCAUCCAUGAAGCUAGUGAAGGUUUUGGCUUUGGUUGAUAUAUUGUACUCCUCAGUCUCUCCUCUUGGAGCCAAUGUUCUUUUUGAUUGCCACAUACAGAUUUCAGAAGCAAUCAGAUGAAGGUGCCGUGCAAAGCUUCUCUCUGAAAUGGCCGGCAUGGAAAUUUUUGAAGGAGCAAAAACUAAUCAAAUUUGAAAAGGUGUUGGUCCUAACCUCGGACACCAGGCCACCAGGAUAGUCAGGGUAGAUAUUUUGCAUUCUGACAGCAAUAGCAAGGGCUUGGAGUCCUUUUUGUUUCUGAUUAUAGGCUCCAUGGUUACUUUGGAGAAGUGUAUAUGCUCGAAUGCUUGAAAAGCAGUAUCCUGCCUCUAAUGUAUAUUUUUUGUUUUCUUUUUUGUAUUUGACAUCCUUUACUCUGCCCCUCCGAGUGUGAAGGGUAGCGGCUAUUCAAAUGAAUAAUUUCGUUGGCGUUA